UUCUCUAGUGGCUGACAACAGUGUGACCCGACACUAAACUUUUGUGGGGUUUGAAAUAUGAACAAAUCCUGUCAAUAAAAUCAGGUGGUUGUUUUUUCCCACCAACCAGUCCAUCUCAUCUGGCUGAAGAACACACCCCUUCUGUCUCUCCGGCUUGAAAAGAAUAAUGUGACCAACUGCCCAGAGUUUCUCCACCCAAUGAAAAAGUGGGAGUGUUGCCUCCAGCAACUUGAUUGGCCGAGUGGACACUAAGCAGACUGCUGCUCAGAGGUGAGAGGCGGGACACGCAGCGUGCUGGAUGGUGUGCGACUGGAGGCCUUAUCACCGCAGCCUCAGGAGGAUCCAGACACCAGAGGAACUCGGCUUCUGAUGCUAUAGCUCCUUCUGCAGUCCGCCGUCAACAUGGUUGUUCCUGAAACUCAGGAGAAAGUUAUUCACCCUCCGGAUGACCUGCAGAAGGAUGCUCACGUUCCGGAUUUCAACUCUUAUCUGGCGAUGUACAGAAAAUCUCUGGAGAACCCGGAAGCUUUCUGGAAAGAAGUUGCCGAUGACUUCUAUUGGAAGAAACCAGCCACGGGGCCAACUCUGACGUACAACUUCGACGUGACCAAAGGAAACAUUUUCGUCAAGUGUAUGGAAGGAGCCAAAACCAAUAUGUGCUACAACGUUCUGGACCGACACGUGAAAGAGGGAAACCUGGGGGACAAAGUUGCUUACUACUGGGAGGGCAACACGGCCGACCACCACAUGACCAUCACUUACCGGCAGCUGCUGAGCCAGGUUUGCCGCUGCGCCAACGUCUUGAAGCAAAUGGGUGUGAGAAAGGGCGACCGGGUGUCCAUCUACCUCCCCAUGAUCCCAGAGCUGGUCUACACCAUGCUGGCCUGCGCCAGGAUCGGUGCCGUUCAUUCCAUCGUGUUUGCUGGUUUCUCUGCUGAGUCGCUGUGCGAGCGGGUCAUGGACGCCCAGAGCUGCGUCCUGGUGACGGCAGACGGCGUUUACCGCGGCGAGAAGCUGAUCAACCUGAAGAAGAUCACAGAUGAGGCUCUGGAGAAAUGCCGGGAGAAAGGCUCCUCCAGUGUCAAUAAAUGCCUGGUGGUCAAACAUCAAGCUCUCAGGACAAAAACUGGAGAAGCAACCAACAAACUCCAGAUGCCGUGGGACUCUGAGUGUGACCUGUGGUGGGAUGAGAUGAUGAAGGACUCGCCUGAAGACUGUGAACCAGAGUGGAUGGACUCUGAGGAUCCACUCUUUAUACUGUAUACCAGCGGCUCCACUGGUAAACCCAAGGGUGUUCUCCACACGGUUGCCGGGUACCUUCUCUACACAUCGCUGACCUUCAAGUGCGUGUUCGAUCAUCACCAUGACGACGUGUACUGGUGCACCGCCGACAUUGGCUGGAUCACCGGCCACUCCUACAUCACCUACGGGCCGCUCGCCAACGGAGCCACCAGCGUGUUGUUUGAGGGUGUUCCUGUCCACCCUCACGUCGGACGCUUCUGGGAGAUCAUUGAGAAGUACAGAGUCAGCAAGUUCUACACGGCUCCCACGGCCAUUCGACUGCUGAUGAAGUAUGGACGCGAGCCACUGCAGAAGUAUGACCUUUCCAGUCUGAGGGUCUUGGGGAGCGUUGGUGAACCCAUCAACCCAGAGGCGUGGCACUGGUACCAUGAGGUGGUGGGUCAGGGCAGAUGUCCGGUGGUGGACACCUUCUGGCAGACGGAAACUGGUGGACAUGUCCUGACUCCUCUGCCUGCUGCGACGCCACUGAAGCCUGGUUCUGCCACCUUUCCUUUCUUCGGGGUGGAGCCCACCAUCCUCAACGAGCACGGUGAGGAGCUGGAGGGGGAGGCGGAGGGUUACCUGGUCUUCAGGAGGCCGUGGCCUGGAAUCAUGCGGACAGUGUACAAGAACCACGAGCGCUUUGAAAACACCUACUUCAAGAAGUUUCCGGGCUUCUACGUGACGGGCGACGGCUGCCGGCGGGACAAAGACGGUUAUUACUGGAUCACAGGGAGGAUAGAUGACAUGAUCAACGUGUCAGGUCACCUGCUGAGCACGGCAGAAGUGGAGGCAGCUCUCACCGAGCACCAGGCGGUGGCAGAGGCCGCAGUGGUCAGUCGACCUCACAAGGUGAAGGGAGAGUGCAUCUACUGCUUCGUGACCCUCAAGGACUCCAGGGAGUUCAGCCACGUCCUGCAGGGGGAGCUGAAGAAACUUGUGAGGGAGAAAAUCGGACCCAUCGCCACCCCAGACUUCAUACAGAACGCCCCGGCGCUGCCCAAAACCCGCUCAGGGAAGAUCAUGAGGCGCGUCCUACGGCAGGUCGCUCGCAACGACACGGACCUGGGUGACCUCUCCACCCUCGCUGACCCUAAAGUGGUGGAGGAGCUGUUCAGCCUGAGGAUCCAGGCGGCGGCCUGAACACACACACACACACACACACACACACACACACACACACACACACACACACACACACACACACACAGGUACCGCUAUAUUUGUGGGGACCUCUCCUUGCCAUGACCCUUUCCCCAGCCUCUCGCCCGAAACCGAAUCAUCCAAAACACAUGGCUAAUCUGAACCUGGGCUUUGAACCAAACUGAAACUCAGUUAUUUUUUGGAAGUUUUCAUCCUCAAAUUGAGGCUCAACCUCUCGGGGCAAAAAUGUCCGCACAAGCAGGUGUGUUUCCAAGAAUUGGUCCCCACAAGUAUAGCUAAACUAGGUACACACGCAGACAGAUUCUUGUUUCCGACGUUUUUCCAUGUUGGUGCCUUCACUGGACUAAAUCACGCCUCUGGGAUCAGAACAUCACGCUGCUGCUACGUUUGGAUUAUUUUGCGAUUAUUUCUCGAUUAUUUUAUUGAAUGUAUGUUUUCUGAACAUGUUGAGUUUAGUUUUCCUGAUUCCGUUUGUAGCUCCAGAUCUCAUCUGUCAUGCACGAUUUUCCCCUGGUGUAUAAUUCCAAUGUGUCACGGAUCAAUGUGACCCAAAAAUAAAACCGCUCCAUCAACGCUGGUCCUGGUCCUUGAAGCUCAGCAGCCCAGUAGCGCCCUCUUUUGGAAGAACACAAUCCAUACACGACAUUGUUUUGCCUCGUGUUGUGAACUGAAAAAUCAGGUGGAUGCGCGC